CCUGAGGUGUAUCAUAGUCCUAGGGUUUCUUGUGCGCCUCUAUAUAUCUUUCGUUUAGCCUGCUUCUCCCCCUCUUGCAUUAGUCUGGCUGCAACGGCGAAGUACUGAAACCCUAAGAACAACAGCAGCUAAGAGCCGCAACAAUGGCACAACCUAAAGUUUUGACAACCAAAGAGGCCGAUAUACAAAUGAUGCUGUCUGCCGAGGUCCAUCUCGGCACCAAGAACUGUGAUUUCCAGAUGGAACGUUACGCUUUUAAGCGCCGUAACGACGGAAUUUACAUUAUUAACUUAGGAAAGACAUGGGAGAAGCUUCAAAUGGCUGCCAGAGUGAUCGUAGCAAUUGAAAACCCUCAGGACAUUAUUGUCCAAUCUGCAAGACCAUAUGGGCAAAGAGCUGUACUGAAGUUUGCUCAGUACACUGGUUGUCACGCCAUUGCUGGGCGUCACACUCCCGGUACCUUCACAAAUCAGCUCCAGACAUCUUUCAGUGAGCCUCGUCUUCUUAUCUUGACAGACCCAAGAACUGAUCACCAGCCAAUCAAGGAGGCUGCACUAGGAAACAUCCCCACAAUUGCUUUCUGUGACACCGAUUCUCCCAUGAGAUAUGUUGAUAUUGGUAUCCCUGCUAACAACAAGGGAAAGCACAGCAUUGGGUGUCUGUUCUGGCUUUUAGCUAGAAUGGUGUUGCAGAUGAGAGGUGUGAUUAACCAAGGACACAAGUGGGAUGUCAUGGUUGAUUUGUUUUUCUACAGGGAACCAGAAGAGGCCAAGGAACAAAAUGAAGAUGAUGGUCCUGUCCCUGCAGAUUAUGUUGAUUAUGCAGCAGGUGCACUUGGCAUGGGUGACAAUUGGUCAGCCCAGAUUCCAGAUGCUCAGUGGGCAGGUGAAAUUGCACCACCACCAAUUGCUGGUGCCCCUGUGGUGGCAGGUGUUACUGGCUGGAGUGGGGCUGAGGCUCCGGUGAGUGGUGGUGAUGGAUGGGAGGCUGUUGCUGCUCCGGUACCACAAGCUGAAGCUGCAGCUGCAACCGGGUGGGAAUGAGACAAGAUUGUUCUUCUGUGUUGAACUUUACUUUUUUGUCUUGUUUAAAACUAAGUAUGCUGAGACUAGUUUUUAUGAUAUGAGUAUUUUUGAUAUUUUUCAAUGUUCAAAAUUUUUGAUGGUUUUGUUAUGAUAGAGUUAAAAUUUGCUUUCAGAUUCUGUUUGAAUGGAGAAACUUGAUAAAUUGAUGAACAACAUGUGUUUGCUGCUUUGAUGUUGUUAAUGUUUGUUUCAUGUGAUGUAAAAAGCGGCUGGGUCAACAAAACGUUAUUUUGUUUCAUAAUCAUGCGCUGCUGAUAUGCCUGCUGAGUCUACUCCCACCUCUGACCAUCUCGAGUGCCAACCACCUCCUUCCAUUGUUGACCUCCCUGAAGUUGACUCCUAUCCUUACUUCCGACACUAAGCUUUGACAACAUUGCCCCUUCUCCCUCCAACCCCUUCUCCUACCUCUCUAAUCUACUUGUAACAUCUUGUUGCAGAUUGUUAUGUGAUUUAGGAUUGUGGAUUGCAAUUCAGCUAUAUGUAGGCUUUGGGCCUUUUAAGAAAGAAAUGUUUGGACUUCAUUGAAAGAUGUCAUUGUUGGUAAUGGGAUCAAGGCCUAUGAAUUGUGUAUUUGAAACUGAGGUUUUAAAGUUAUGUGUUACGCUGCUUGUGAGAGUUAAGGUUUUAAGUUGGACAUGCGGUAAGCCAAAACUAUCGAUAUAGAAGUGUAGAGCUCUUUAAGACCUUUCCGUGGAUAAAACAUACGAUGAAUUCAGAGUUGAAACAAAGAAGUUCUGACUAUUUGAAGUUGGAAAUGAUUUGGGAGAAAACUGAUCUCAUGACGUGAGUAGU